AGUUUUCAGUUUGGAUCAGCGGAUAUUGUUCUGUAGCCCCUCCUGUCACCAACGUGCGUCACACACCUCGUUGGAGGGAAGACGCCAUGUUGGAAUAAAUCCCAACACUGUGUUUGUAUAAUUUUCUGCUCUUGAAUUAUCUACGUGGAUUCGUAGCUACACUUGGACAAACGGCGAACUAAAUACGACACCAAACAUGUCUUCGGACGAUUUUCAGACGAAGUACUCGUCAGUCAUGGAGAGCAUGCUAAAGAGUGCUAUCGCGGAGACUACCAAACUUUUCGAAACUAUGGUCGACGACCUGAAGGCAGAAAUAUCCAAAAUCAAGACGGAGAAUGAGGACCUCAAAAGAAGAUGUAGCCAAUUUGAAAAUGCGAGGAGCAAAACAACUACUAUGAGAGAGAGUGAGUCUGUUCCGGGACAAAGCAGAGGCUCUGAUAAACGUGACACAGCUGUUCAAUGUGAUCUUGUUUCUUUCCAUACGAUGCUGGUGGAGCAAUGUGAACCAUUGAGACCAUCAUCACUGCAAAAUCAAGAGCAACAAAGUGCAAAUGUUACAACGCAAGACGUUUGGCAGGAGCACAACUACGAGAAUCGUGGAAAGAGAGAUUCUCUGAUUGCCCUUUUACCUAAGAAACAGCUGGAGCAGUUUGAUUUCAAGCAAAAGGAAGUUGAGCCCAUUGCAUCCUUUGGGCAAGUCUUCAGAAACGAUACAGGUUCCCCAUUGGUCUCUGCUUGUGGAACUGAAAAUGGAGGGCGGGCCAUUAACAAGGAAUGUUCAAAUGCAGAAAAAUUAUCCCCUCAAAGAAAUGAAGAGACUGGAGUGGCCCUAGGACUGCCCCAUUUAGGAAUGGUUGGAAGUUUAACAGUUGUCCACAAACAGUCAUCUGAACAAGUGCUUUCUCAACACAUCUCAUCCACACCAAAACCUACAGCACCCAACAAAGGAGAAGAAUUAAAAAAGGUUGUGGCAAAAGAGGCUAGUAUCCAGCCUGACAUACCAGUACGACGAAGAAGAGGAAGGCCACCAAAGAAAGCAAAGCAUUUGAAACGGCCAGUGAAAAUAAUACUUCCACCAUCUUCUGAACAGAAGAAAGAAAUGAAAAAAAUAUUUAUGGAAGAUGGGGCAAUUAAGGCUCCAUCCACUGCUGUUUCUUCUACCAUUAAAACACAAAACACUCCAACAACUAAGUCACCACAAGUACCAUCAGUUCAGUCAAGACAACGCCACACCUCUGUAACUCUUCAGGAUGCAAUGCUAUUAGUUGAAGCCAUGAAUCAGUCAACAGGGGAAAAGGAACUUGAUUCCCCACAAAUAAUGGCAGUCAAAACCUUGCAAACUGUAAGGGAGGUGCCAGCUCAGUCAGGGACACAACCAGUUGAUCUUCAAACUACUACAACUGAUGAAGCUCUGGCCCACAAAAAGGUUGUCAUACUGAAACAGCAUAUGGUCUCACUAUCCAACACUGCUAAAUCUUCAAUAGCCACUUCAGCUGCUGCAACACAAACUGUUGUGAAGUCCCUUAAACAGAGCCCUUCAAAUGACCCAAUAAAACCAUUAGCACACAGCAAACAGGAGAAUGCUGUACCUAAAAAAAUAUUUGUCAUGUCAGGAUCAUUAGCUUCAAUGACAUCUAGUAAAUUUGCAGCAAAGUCUCCAACCCAGCUUUCAACUGAUGUGUCAACAGUCCAUUCUGCCCAAAAUAAAAGUGAACAACCAAGCUCGACUCCAUUAGACAAACCUCUUGAAAAACCUUCAAUUUCCUCUGUUAAACAACAGAAAUCGCUUCCUGUCGACACUUCCCAGUCGACUCCUCCCCAGACUGACUUACAGUCUCUUUCGCAUCCUAAAAUAACAAUUGUAAUUCCAAGACAGUUGUCAGCUGUGGCACUAAGGAAACAGAAAAUGGCUCUUGCAAAAAAGCAGGAAUUGCCACAGCUGAUGCCACAGGAGCUUAGCAUGUCUGGUGAAGUGCAAUCCAUCUUGGAUAAAGUUGCCACGAUAUUGUCUACAAAGCAGACUAAUACUUCUGACAACCUGGACUCUUCCAAACAAACUGACUCCUGUGCUGAUGCAACAAAUGAACCUUCAGAAACCAGUUCCAGUUUAGAUAUGUCUUCAGGGCUACCAUUGCCUAUUGAACAAAAGGUCUCUGCUGUCGUCAGAUUAAACAGGCUUCCAUUUCCAAUGGCAAAGGAAGAUGUAGUUUUACUGUCAAGGAUGCCUAGAAAUGAAUCAGCUGAAACAAGAUCCUUAUUGGAAGAAGGUGCCACAGAAGAGAAACCAUCAUCAGUACCAUUAUCAACUCAGCCAUCAGAGACACCUGUGUCAUCCUCUGACAUUUGUUCCAAUUCUAAAGAAACUUCUGUUUCUCUUAAAACCCCAGAGAUGUCAGGAACACAACACAAUGUUCCAAGGGAGUUACCAUUACGCUCUGGAAGAGCCACUGGUUUGGAUGAAUCAUCUACAUCAUCCAGGGUGUCAGCAUCAGUCCUUUCAAAAUCAACAAUAAUCAUUAACACUAUUGAGCCUUCAGCUUUACCUGAAGAGUCCCCAGAACAGACAACUUCAAAGUUGCAAAAAGAAAUAAUAAGCAUAGUAGUGCCGUACUGUACAUCACCCAGUGAUCCUGCUAUAGAACAGUCACCUGCUGUCAUUCAUCUGAGGUCCAUCAAACCCAAGGACCCAUCUGACCCUCAUUUACAGAUGACUAAAAGACAGUUCUUGGCCCAAUUAGCUGUGUCACCGAUCGUGCAAGACCCAAAACAGCCCCCCACCAAUGACUCUGUAGAUACCAACAGUUCCUGUCCUACAACCAGCACCAGCACCAGUGACAAAAAACAGUUACAAAAAGACGUCCUUGUGGCCAAUCUCAGACAUCACCUCAAAACUCACAUUCAGGCUAGAAACUCAGAGACAAGUCAGGAGUCAUGUACGGAAACAGAGACUCUCACUGGAUGCUCUAACAAGGCUAAAUUAGAAGAAGACAGUCCAGAGGACACAAGCACAGCCAUUGAACCCAUUCCUCUUAGUCCCAAAGAACAAGGAACGGUUUUGGAUGUAACAUCUCCUAAAAAGACAACCAGUGACCCCUCUCCUAUCACUACAAGGAGAUCUGGUAUAUGUAAAGACAGUGCAAGUUCCAAGAGAUCUCUAAGGGAUCUUUCCCCUGUCAGCUCAAGAAGGUUCAAAGCCAGUGGUGAAUCCAUGCCUGUGAAUCCCAACAGCUCAAAUUCAGGCAGAGAUUGCAUUGAUUCAAAACAUACAAAGACCUCUUCUGUGAGUCCUAGGACGUCUAACUCAACUGUAGAAAGUGCUUCCCCUAAAAAGACCAGAAACACUUCUGUUAGUCCUAGGAGGUCUAAUUCAACCAAACCAAGUGCUUCCCCUAAAAAGACCAGAAACACUUCUGUUAGUCCUAGGAGGUCUAAUUCAACCAAACCAAGUGCUAUCCCUAAAAAGACCAGAAACACUUCUGUUAGUCCUAGGAGGUCUAAUUCAACCAAACCAAAUGCUAUCCCUAAAAAGACCAGAAACAUUUCAGUUAGUCCUAGGAGGUCUAGUUCAACUAAACAAUGUUCUACCCCUAAAAAGACAAAAAUAACGCCUGUUAAUCCUAGAAGGACUUGUUCAACUAAAGAAAUCGCUAGUCCUAAGAAGAUCAAAACCAUUUAUGUGCAUCCCAGGAGGACUAGUUCAACUGGAGAUGGUCCUAGCCCAAAAAGUAAAAAAACAGUUGGUUGUCCUACUGAAACCCCUAAAAGGACUAGAUCGUUUUCUACUCGUCCUGGGACAUCUGGUUUAGGUAAAAAUUAUUCUAGCCCUAAAGUACCUACCAAUGAUGGUGCUUCCUCUAGAAAUGCUAAAAGUAGAACUAAUCUCCAAAAUGUUGGAAGGACUAAAUUGGCUGAGGGUGUUAGUUCUAGUAAGACUGGGGAAUCCACACCUGCCAAGAAACCCAAAUUAGCUCAAGUUCCUUGUCCAAAGAAUAAUUUAAGAGGGGUCGAUUCGAAGAAUUCGCCAAAAGACAAAACAGUAGCUAAAAUAGAAAAUCAAUCAAAUCUACUAAAUGGAGCCAAAACAAGCCAGUUAGCAGAGAACAGUGCUAGCACAGAGAAUGUAAAGAAAUGUACAGCUACAGGUUUGUGGACUCCUCCUACACUGCUAAUCGGUAAAACCCCUUUAGCAUUGAGAAAGAGGUCAAUGCAAUUAGAGACGGAAUCCCAGGAUCAGACAUUAGUUUACCCCCCCAGUGUUUCUCGCCAUCCAAUCCCUGUCAAAGCACCAGCUGUUGUAUCACCAUUACAGCCUUUAUCAGUCAUUGGUUGGCGUCUGUUGAAGAACCAGUGUGGGGAGUGUGGGCGUGUCCUCAGCAGCAAUGCUGCUCUGGAGAGCCACGUCAGUCUCCAUGCUGGUCGCCGUCCUUUCUCCUGCACACUUUGUGGAAAGCGCUUCCCAGACUCAAAGGGUCUAAAACGGCAUGGACGAGUGCACCGCAAUGGUAGGAUCCAUAUCUGCAAGCAGUGCGGGAAGGGAUUUGUCUACAGUUUUGGCCUUACUAAGCACCUCCAGAUAGUGCACGGCAGGAUCAAGCCUUUUGUCUGCCAGGUCUGCAACAAGGGAUUUUUCUCAAAGCGAGAUGUGGAGGCCCACAUCCGGAUCCACACAGGAGAGAAACCAUUCCAUUGCAACCUCUGUGAAAAAAAAUUUGCAAGGAGGACAGAACUAAAUAUGCAUUUGAGGUGGCAUAAUGGGGAGAAGAGACAUUGGUGUCCGUACUGUGGGAAAGGAUUUUUAGACCUCAAUAAUUUGAAAAGGCACAAAUAUACUCACACGGGAGAGAAACCACACUCCUGCCCACACUGCCCAAAGAACUUCUCACAGUCAGGCCACCUGAAAAAGCAUGUGAAGAAUGUGCAUAAAAUCCAAUGAGAGAUGGGCAUCCACUGAAAACAGUUUUAUGUUUAGUUUUCAUGUAUUUUUAUUUAAUUACUGAAAUUGUAACAAUUGUAUUUUUAGACUUCUUGUUACAUACAGAUCCUGUUUUUUGAUGCCACUUUAUUUUGAAGUGAAAGUAAAUAUGACAAAGUUUCUGUUAGCAGAUUACAUUAUUAUUUCAUUGUUUUCAUAGUUUUAAGUCAUGAAAGAGUAGUUCUUGGGAACAUUUUGAUGGGAUCUUAAAUGUUAAUGCCAUGUCUGCAUGCGGAGUGUGAAGCGAGGAACCUUUUGGCUUUACAAGAAGGCUAGAAAUAUACAUUUGUGCUGAUUCUUACAAAAAAAAAAGUACAGUAGUCCUUUGUAUGCUUAGAUUUAUAAAAAAAACUUAAUGGUAGAGCUUCAAAUGUGCUGGAUGCCUUUUCAGGUUUUGACAACAUAACGCUAGCCGUUUCUCCCUCACACCAGUCUUUAUGAAAAAAAGUGAUUUGUUCUUUAAUUACUCAAAACCUCAUUUCAGAUUUUUUUGCAAAUGUUGAAUUAUCAUUGAUUUGAUUGCUUUAAUCUACAUACACCUUUCCUGCAAAAAUUAAACCAACAUUUAAUGGG